AGAGAGAAAGAAGGAAAAGAUUAAAAAUAAAAGAAUAUCAUAAAUAAUAUGGUGUAAAAAUAAAUAAUUAAAUAAAUAUAAAUAUUAUUAAGAAAUUUAUCAACCAAGACGAAAAUAAAAAGAAUUUAUAAUUGCAUUUCUUUAUAAAAGGAGGUUCCGACAUACCUUUUCUAAAAGUGCGAAACACUAUCAAAAGAUUAGAGUAAUUUUUUUUUUAUCAUAAAGAAAACAUCUAAAGAUAUAUUUUUUAUAUUUAAAAUAGAUAAAAUAAAUAAAACAACAAUAUAUAAUAUUAUAUUUAAUGUCAGUAUUAAAUAGUUCAAACAAUGACAUCUCUAAAAGAUUUUUUCUUCAAUUUAGCAAACUUUUCCUAAUUAUUAAUAUUUUUUGGUCAACUAUUUUUCUUUAUAAUUUCCUAUUUUCUCAUUCAUUGCUUUGAGGAGGACAACGGUAUUAUAUGUCGACCUCCAAUUGCAAUUUGCCGUCACUCUGGCAUAAAACAAUCUUUAUCCACCCCCUCGAAUUCAUCAGUUUCAAAACAACAUUAAAUACCUCCAAAUCCAUCCCAGCAUUUCAGAAGAAAGCAAAUCCAAAACAACAGAAUCCCAAGAUUCAAUUGGCAACAACAUGAAGCCACUGAUUUUCACUUCCCUUCAAAUUUUUUUCCUGCUCAUACUGUGUGGCAGGAACACCAUAGCUAAAAAGCAAACUAAAAAUACAUACAUAAUUCACAUGGACAAGUCCACCAUGCCAUCGAGUUUCAACGACCACCUCAACUGGUAUGACUCAUCACUCAAAUCAGUAUCAAACACCGCAGAGAUGCUCUACACCUACAAACACGUAGCUCAUGGUUUCUCCACAAGACUAACUACGCAAGAAGCUGACACACUUGCAAAACAACCAGGGAUUCUCUCUGUGAUCCCUGAAGUUAGGUACCAACUUCACACAACUAGAACUCCAGAGUUCCUUGGGUUGGAAAAAGGCACCACCCUUUUACCUGAAUCUGGGCAACAAAGCCAGGUUAUCAUUGGGGUGCUAGACACUGGUGUUUGGCCUGAGCUGAAAAGUUUGGAUGACACAGGACUUGGUCCUAUACCAAGUAGUUGGAAAGGUGAGUGUGAAACAGGCAACAACAUGAACUCAUCACACUGCAACAAAAAACUUGUGGGUGCAAGGUUUUUCUCCAAAGGCUAUGAAGCAGCUCUUGGACCCAUAGAUGAAAAAACAGAAUCAAAAUCAGCAAGGGACGAUGAUGGGCAUGGAAGCCACACGCUAACUACAGCAGCAGGUUCUGCUGUGGCUGAUGCUAGCCUCUUUGGUUUGGCUUCUGGAACAGCAAGAGGAAUGGCCACACAAGCACGCGUGGCAGUUUACAAAGUGUGUUGGUUAGGUGGGUGUUUCACCUCUGAUAUAGCUGCAGGAAUCGACAAGGCAAUAGAAGAUGGUGUGGAUGUUUUAUCCAUGUCAAUUGGUGGAAGUUUAAUGGAAUAUUACAGAGACAUCAUUGCAAUUGGAAGCUUCACAGCCACAUCCCAUGGAAUUCUAGUUUCCACUUCAGCAGGAAACGGUGGGCCCAGUCCAGGAAGCUUGUCCAACGUGGCACCAUGGAUAACCACAGUAGGAGCUGGAACUAUAGACCGUGAUUUCCCAGCGUCCAUAACCAUUGGAACCGGGAAGACAUACACUGGUGCGUCACUCUACAGUGGAAAAUCCUUGUCAGAUUCAGCAAUCCCAGUUGUUUAUGCUGGUAACGUAAGUAACUCAUCUGUCGGGUACCUUUGCAUACCGGAUUCCUUGAUUACCUCGAAGGUUUAUGGAAAAAUUGUAAUAUGUGAGAGAGGUGGGAACCCAAGAGUGGAAAAGGGUCUUGUAGUUAAGCGUGCUGGUGGGGUUGGAAUGAUUUUAGCAAACAACGAAGAGUACGGAGAGGAGUUAGUUGCUGACCCUCAUCUUCUCCCUGCAGCAUCCUUAGGCCAAAAAUCAAGCUUAGCUUUGAAAAACUACGCUUUCUCUUCUCCAAACCCCACCGCCAAAAUUGAAUUUUUGGGUACCCAUUUAGAGGUUCAACCUUCCCCAGUUGUAGCAGCGUUCAGCUCAAGAGGACCAAACGCACUUACCCCAAAGAUUCUCAAACCGGACCUAAUCGCGCCAGGUGUCAACAUUCUGGCGGGUUGGACUGGUGCAGUUGGACCAACCGGUUUAAACGUUGACAAAAGGCACGUGAGUUUCAACAUAAUUUCUGGUACCUCGAUGUCUUGCCCGCACGUGAGUGGAUUAGCUGCGAUUCUCAAAGGGGCGCACCCUGAAUGGAGCCCCGCAGCUAUUAGAUCCGCACUCAUGACCACGGCUUACACCAGUUACAAAAACGGAGAAACCAUCGAGGAUGUUGCUACCGGACUACCCGGUACCCCGUUUGAUUACGGCGCUGGACACGUGGACCCCGUGGCUGCCCUUGAUCCUGGUCUUGUAUACGACGCCAACGUUGACGACUAUCUUGGAUUCUUCUGCGCCUUGAACUACACGUCGUUUCAAAUCAAGCUUGCCGCGAGGAGGGAAUUUGUUUGCGAUUCCAAGAGGAAGUAUAGAGUGGAGGAUUUUAAUUAUCCUUCUUUUGCUGUUGCUUUGGAAACAGCUUCGGGAAUUGGGGGUGGUUCGGAUGCUCCCACGACUGUGGAAUACUCUAGGGUUUUGACUAAUGUGGGUGCGCCAGGGACGUAUAAAGUUUCAGUGUCGUCGAGGAUUUCGUCCGUGAAGAUUGUGGUUCAACCGCAAACGCUUAGUUUCACCCAGCUGUAUGAGAAGAAGAGCUACACGGUGUCGUUUACGCACACUUCGAUGCCGUCUGGGACGAAUAGCUUUGCUCGUUUGGAAUGGACUGAUGGAAAGCACAAGGUUGCGAGCCCAAUUGCGUUUAGCUGGACAUGACAUUGUGUCAUUUAUUGGGCUUGGUAAUGCUAUGGUUUUGGGCCCAUCAAGGAGACCCUGGCCCCAGACUCAUGGUUAAGAUGUAUGAGAGAGUUUGUUAUUAUGUAUCCCCCUUUGCUGUUUCUUCUGGGCGUUAGGAGAACUCAUAGUAAGAAAUAAUAAUUGUACAUUGUAUUGUACAUAAAGAAAAGGGUAAUGGCACAUCUGUAUGAUAAUGACUUUGAAUUGUUUGUCAUAUCUUCGUACCUUUGUUUACUAGAUUGUGUGAUUCACGUGAGUGGCGAAAUUAUUAAAUAAUUUAUAUGUUUAGAAUUUAAGUAUUUUUUUAAAGAAAGAAUGUUAGAUUUUAUCUAGAUUUCAUAAUUGAAUUUGUUCAGCUAUCUAUCUAAUUUUUUAUUAUAAUAUGUUAAAAAUACGCAAUUCUAAAUUUAUUUAAAGGCUUAUAU